CAGGUUUGAUACGUCGUCCGAUUUUGUUAGUUAGUCAAUCCUUAGUUGCAGUUUGCCGAUCUAACAAAAGAUGUUUCUUACAAGAUCUGAAUAUGACAGAGGUGUUAACACAUUUUCACCGGAAGGCAGAUUAUUCCAAGUAGAAUAUGCCAUCGAAGCAAUCAAACUUGGCUCUACAGCAAUUGGAAUACAAACCAGUGAAGGCGUAGUGUUGGCAGUUGAGAAAAGAGUUACCUCCCCUCUUAUUGAAGCAGCUAGUAUUGAAAAAGUAUUUGAAAUAGAUGACCAUAUAGGAUGUGCAAUGAGUGGUCUUAUUGCUGAUUCUAGAACACUAAUAGACAGAGCACGUGUAGAAGCACAGAAUCAUUGGUUUACAUAUAAUGAGAAGAUGUCAGUAGAGAGUGUAACACAAUCUGUCAGUAAUGUGGCCUUACAGUUUGGUGAUGAUGAUGCAGAUCCAGGAGCAAUGAGCCGUCCUUUUGGUGUUGCAUUAUUGUUUGCUGGGAUAGAUAAAAAAGGACCUCAAUUGUAUCACAUGGAUCCAUCUGGAACCUUUAUACAAUAUGAUGCUAAAGCAAUAGGAUCUGGGUCAGAGGGAGCACAACAAGCACUUCAGGAUGUCUAUCAUAAGUCUAUGACAUUAAAAGAAGCAUGUAAAUCAGCUCUUACAAUUCUUAAACAAGUCAUGGAAGAAAAAUUAAAUUCCACAAAUGUAGAGAUGGCUAAGGUAACACCAGAGAAAUUCUUUCACAUGUUUUCUAAAGAGGAAUUAGAAGAUGUGAUCAAAGAUAUUUAACAAUAAUUCCGUAGAUUCACAGAACUUUGUUUCUUCAUUGUUAUCAUCUAGAAGUGCUAGUGAAUUAUCUCAUCUUAUGAUGUUAAUAAAACUUCUCAAUGUUAUAAUGUGAUGUCUUAUUGAGAUUUAGUUGAAUAUUCACUACAAUAAAAUGUUGAAAUAUUUAA